AUGGCGCCCAGCGCACCCCCUCCAGACUGCAAGGAGAAGUUAACGCUUUCUCAGCUUGCCAGCUACGACGAUGUGAUCACAGACGCACUGGUGGAUCGGGCCUACUUCUGGACCAAAAUCCGCAAAAAUCGAACCAAAUAUUUCCCUUGCAGAGACAUUCUCGAGGAGCAGGUGACCUCCAUUCUCCUCCACGAUGUAAUUGUUGGCAAGGACGCACCAAAGGCAGAGAAAGCCCUCCUCGCUCUCCCCGGACUGAAGAAGUUCGUCGACCGCCUCAGAUCCGAGCGGGAGAAGGAGUGGUUUCGGCGCCAUCUGCGCAAAUAUAUCGUCAUAUACCUGCCAGAUUGCCCCUUUGAAGUCAUGACGACGAACAGGUAUACCAUCACGAUGCACGAGGCGGCGGUUUCUGCGAGGAAAUUCAUUGCGUCGGGAACUACUAUUAAGGGUCUGAGAGGUACGCUUGUGCCCAUGACGCGAGAAGAGGAGAUUGAUCUGGACAUGACGAGGAAGGAUUUUAGCAUCGUGAUGUCUAGCCGGAAGAAGACGCCGUCUAUCUUCUUAGGGCCGGCGAGGUUUGCGAAUCACGACUGCAAUGCGAAUGGGAGGUUGGUUAUGAGGGGUCCUGAGAGCAUGGAGGUGGUUGCUACGAGGGAUAUUGUGGUUGGGGAGGAGAUUACGGUUUCCUAUGGAGAUAAUUACUUUGGCGAGGAUAAUUGUGAAUGCCUUUGUCAUAGCUGCGAGCUUGCUCUGCGGAAUGGUUGGGAUCCGAAUGGUGUGUGUUCAGGGGCGGAGAGUGGGAUGUCCACGCCGGCUGAUCCCAUUGAACGUGAUCAGUCUACAGUACCUACGCCUCUGUCGUCGGGUAAGAAACGGAAACGCGCUUCGGAGGCUGCGUCUCUCUCUGCGGAGUGUUCUACGCCGUUGAUGAAGAGAAGAAAGGCGGGACGCAAGUCUUCGAAUCUGAGGUUGGAGAUGUCUGCUCCCGGUAGCCCGGUGGCUGGUGAGCCCUCUUUCCUGUCGACACUGGAUAAAUCCCUUUCCGCCUAUGCAAACAGCUGCAAAGAUCCAACCGCCAAAGAAUUCUCGGAGCUGGCAAAAGGGCUAGACUUCGACCAACUUGAUCCUCUCGAUGCAGGCAAUACUUGUCAACCUACGGCUACAAACGGCCAGGCGUCUUGCUCCUCUCCUGUCCCGGAUGAAAUGGAUGAAUCCUCCACCACCUCCAGCUCCACAGCGCCAACCUCCAUAUCCGGUAUCACAACAUUGAUAAAGACAGAACCACCAGAGCAAACUUCAGUCGACCAGACCGCACAACCCACCAACACCAAUCAACCAUGCAACCAGUCCGCCCAAACACCGCGAAUUCCAGAACAUGUGUCCGAAGACAACGACGACGGUGACUUAUCCGACCUCUCCAACUCCUGGGAACUAAACGACACAACCAUGCUCGUCGUCAAAAAGGACCUCUCCCGCCGCCCACAACCCCAACCCAAAUCCCACCCCUCCAUCCGCACCCAACCCCGCAAACGCAAACGCCGCCUUCCCUCCCCGCUCCCCAACUCCCCCACCACCCCGACCCCCCGCAUCCCAGGCGACUAUACUAAAACGCCUAAACUCCUCGGCCAACGCUACGACCGCUGGGUCGACUGCUCCACCUGCCACGGCUGGUUCGUGCAGGGUGACUCCUACUUCACGCGCAAGGAGUGUCCGCGCUGCGAGAGGCAUUCGAAGCUGUAUGGGUAUCGGUGGCCGAAGACGGAUCGGGAGGGGAAGCAUGAUAGGGAGGAACGCGUUAUGGAUCACAGGACUGUGCAUCGAUUUUUGACGGCGGAGGAGGAGUUGAGGGUUCAGAGGAGGGAUAGGGGGGUUGGUUCUCGGUUUGGGGGUAGUCCUACGCCGGAGAGUGUCGGUGAUGGGUAUGGUGGAGGUGGGAGGACGGACACGGAUGGGAGUGAGUUUGGGGGUGGGGCCGGGGAGGAGAGGCGGAUGACGAGGGCGGGAAGGAGGACGGUGAGGGAGAUGAGGUAA